GUCACCGGGUCGAUCGAGGUGCGUGAGUUUGCGUCGGCGCACGACGAGGAGGACUUUCUGUUCGACUUCACGGCGGACGGCGGCGGCGCGGACGGGGCCACAUUCAAGGCGGUGGCGGCCAGCUUGAAGCCCCAGAUCCUGGCGGCGCUCGCUGUGUUUGGGGAGCGGAUACACGCGCUUGAAAAGUAG